AUGGCAUUAAUACCACGAACUGCUCAAGGGGACGGAUGGUUAAGACCUGUGAUUGGUGUGGUUGAGCUCUCUCAGAAUAUCAUUCAGGCACUUCCGCUAAGUGCUCGAAAGAUUGCUGGAGGAUCUAGUGAAGGUGUUGCACCCUUUCUACAGCUGCCUCAUUUUAAUGAGGCCAUGGUCAAAAAGAUAACACGGAAGGACGCGUCAUUGUUGAAAUUUUGCGUCGGUUUCCUAUUGUUCUUUGGUUUGAAAAUUCCCUGUCAUUAUGUUGCAGAAAGUAUGAAUGUUUCAAGAUUCGUGACAUGGACCUUGGAAGUUCGAGUUGAACUACCUACUCAGGUUGCAGGUUUAUCUACUGCUGAAACCAAAGAUGUGGAGCUGGUUCUAGGAAUGAUGCCUUCCUUGACAAUUGAUUUCACGUGGAAGACAGAAGGUGAAGAGGGGAUACAAGAGGGUGAUAUUGUCACAAUGCAUGCUUGGAUCACACUCAAGCGUGCGAGUGGCCUUGUUGCUGCUCUUCCUCAUGUUCCUUCCUCUUCCACAAGGAGGAGAUUUUUUGGUUACUGCUUGCUGAAUCUGUCUCCAAUAAUGUUUGGAUCUCCCAGAAGGAAGGGUCGGGCAAGCCUGAAGGAGACAAAUGCAGCCGUUAGAGAAGAUGUUGAGAGUGGGUCAAGGUUAGUAAUGGGCAAGUUCCAGGCUCCUGCUGAGACAAACUUGAAGAUCAAAAUAUUGAAACGGAGUCAGAGCAGGUUGAGAGGUUCCUUGUCAGAAGAGGGAGCUGCCAUGGUAGAGGGGAUUGAGGAGAAAGAGCAGGAUGAAGAUGGAUAUGAUGAUUAUGAGAGUGAAUACAGCAAAGAUGAAGAGGAUAAAAAAGAUUCAAAGAGAAACGGAGCUGUGGCCGAUGGUGCUGUUGGUCAUAAACGAAAUGGAUCAAGCUCUGAAAGUUCUGACUACGAGUGA